GUCAUCAUGGCGGAACUGUAAUGUCCAGGACGAGAGAACUGUACCAUCCGCCCCUGCAGUUCAUUUAUUUAUUUAUUUAUUUUAUCACAAACCUCCCCACAAUGACCAGGUGGAUUCCAACUAAAAAAGAGAAAUAUGGAGUGGCGGUAUAUAAUUACGACACCAGAGGAGAACAGGAGCUCUGUCUACAGGUGGGGGACACUGUGCAUAUACUGGAGACGUUUGAAGGGUGGUACAGAGGCUACACACUACGGAACAAAUCACAAAAGGGAAUUUUCCCAGCUUCCUACAUUCACCUGAAGGAGGCUAAAGUAGAAGGGACAGGCCAGCAUGAGAUUGUUAUCCCAGCGGAUCUUCCCCUGGUACAGGAGCUGGGUGCCACCCUCAGGGAAUGGGCACAGAUAUGGCACAAGCUGUACGUGAGCAACAAGACCACCCAGUUCCGGAAUGUUCAGCAGAUGGCUCACUGCCUGAUAGAGUAUCGAUCACAGAUCGUGUCCGGGACACUGCCAAAAGAUGACCUGGUGGAGCUCAAGAAGAAAGUCACCGCAAAAAUUGAUUAUGGAAACCGGAUUCUGGGUCUGGACUUGGUGGUACGGGAUGAAGCUGGGAACACGUUGGAUCCGGAUUUUACCAGCACAGUCAGUCUGUUCCGGGCUCACGAGACAGCGUCCCGCAGUGUUGAUGAAAGGAUACAGGAAGAGAAGAGCCGGCUCCAAAACUUGGAGAUGAGGAGACAGUCCCUCUUCAGCACGGUCCACACCUACAGUCUCUUCAUGAACCUGAAGAACUUUGUGUGCAACAUCGGAGAGGACGCCGAGCUUCUCAUGUCCCUCUAUGACCCUGACCAGUCCGAGUUCAUCAGUGAGAACUUCCUGGUACGAUGGGACAGCAGGGGUAUGCCUAAAGAAAUCGAGAAGCUCAACAACCUGCCUGCACUCUUUACGGAUCUGAGCAGCAGCGAUCUGAUCCGGCCGCGGGUGUUCCUGGUGUGCCAGAUAAUCCGGGUGGGAUGUAUGGAGCUGAAGGAGGGCAGAAAACACACGGGCGGUUUGAGGAGACCCUUCGGAGUGGCGGUAAUGGAUAUCACAGACAUCGCUCACGGGAAAUCGGACGACGAGGACAAACAGCACUUCAUCCCCUUUCAGCAAAUUGCAAUGGAGACUUAUAUUCGUCAGAGGCAGCUGAUCAUGUCCCCGCUGAUCCCGUCUAGGGUCAUCGGGGAGAACGAGCCACUCACUGCCGUCUUCAACAAGGUCAUCGCCACCCGGGAGGUCAACCACAAAGGCCAAGGACUGUUUGUGACUCUGAAGCUGCUCCCAGGAGAUCUGGCCCAGGUCCAGAAGGACUACCCCCACUUUGUGGACCGCAGCACGGCCAUCGUCAGGAAGAUGGGCUUCCCCGAGAUCAUCCUUCCAGGAAACGUCAGAAAUGACAUAUACGUGACGCUGCUGCAGGGGGAGUUCGACCGAGGAAAGAAGAAGACUCCAAAAAACGUGGAGGUGAUGAUGAGUGUGCUGAAUGAUGAAGGCACACCCAUGGAGAAAGCAAUAUUCCCUGGAGCUGGCUAUGACGGAAUCACGGAGUACAAGUCCGUCAUCUACUACCAGGUCAAACAGCCCUGCUGGAACGAAACAGUCAAGGUGGCCAUUCCCAUCGAAGACGUGUGUCGCUGCCACCUCAGGUUGAUGUUCCGCCACAGGUCUUCCCAGGACUCCAGGGACAAAUCGGAGAAGCCCUUCGGCAUGGCGUUCGUGCGGCUGAUGAAGUCUGACGGGACCACACUGCGGGACGGGAAACACGACCUGAUCGUCUACAAGGUUGAUGCCAAGAAGACGGAGGAUGCUAAAACAUAUCUGACUAUGCCUGGGUCAUGGGCAGAGGUUCAGGAGAAGGAGAAACAGACGGGGAAGGCUUUCCACAAUUCGGCCGUGAUCCCUGUAACCAAGGACAGCUUUCAGAUCGGCACUCUCACCUGCUCCACAAAGCUCACUCAGAACGUGGAUCUCCUGGGCUUGCUGAACUGGAGAUCCAACCCAGGAGAUCUGGAGCAGAACCUGCAGCGACUGAUGGAAGUGGAGGGAGGGGAGAUCGUCAAGUUCCUUCAGGACACCCUAGACGCCCUCUUCAGCAUCAUGAUGGAGACCUCUGAAAAGGAGACGUAUGACACCCUGGUCUUCAAUGCCCUGGUGUUCAUCAUCUCACUGAUUGGCGACAUCAAGUUUCAGCACUUCAACCCAGUACUGGAGACGUACAUUAGCAAGCACUUCAGCGCCACACUGGCGUACACGAAGUUGACCAAGGUGCUAAAUUACUAUGUGGGGCACGCAGAAGAAUCCACUCUGACGGAGAGGCUGUAUUCUGCACUCAAAGCCCUUAAGUACCUCUUCAGGUUUAUAGUCCAAUCCCGGGUUCUGUAUUGAGGUCAUGUUCCCGACCUCCCGUUUUUCAGAUUCUAUGGAAACAGUGAGGACGGUGACGCGUUCUUUAACUCCAUAAGGACGCUCUUUCCUGUCUUCAACACUUUGAUGGACAGGCCGCUGGACGAAGGGGUCAAGAUCAAAGGAGCAAUUCUGAAAUACCUCCCCACCAUCAUCAACGACAUCCAGCAUGUGUUCGAUCCUGUGGAGCUCAGUGUUCUUUUGACCAAGUUCAUCGAGAGCAUCCCUGACUCUCAGCUUGUGAGACAGAAGCUGGGCUGCAUGUGCAAGUUGGUAGAGAGUGACCUUUUCAAGCAGCCAGACUGUCGUGAUGUUCUUCUGCCCCUGCUCACCGAUCAGCUGAGUGGUCAGCUGGAUGACCACUCCAACAAGCCUGACUAUGAGGCCUGUGUCCAGCUGCUCAGCACUGUGCUGGACAACCUGGAUCGCAAGGAUGUGGGCCCCACCAGAGGUCAUGUGCAGCUGAUCAUGGAGCGACUCCUUCGCCGUGUCAACCGGACUGUCAUCAGCAUGAGCCGGAGCUCUCCUCUCAUCGGUCACUAUCUGGCCUGUAUGACAGCAGUUCUGAAGCAGAUGGACAACGCGCACUACACUCACUAUAUCAGCACCUUCAAAACCAGACAGGACAUCAUUGACUUCCUGAUGGAGACAUUCAUCAUGUUUAAGGACCUGAUGGGGAACGUUUUUCCCUCCGAUUGGAUGAUCAUGAACCUCCUGCAGAUGCAAGUGUUCCUGCGGGCCAUCAACCAGUACUCUGAUGUCCUCAACAAGUAUUUCCUGGACCAGGCACAUUUUCAGCUGGAGUUGUGGAACAAGUACUUCCACCUUACUGUGGCGUUCCUCACCCACAAGUCAUUGCUACUGGAAUCCUUCUCCCAAGAGAAACGCAACAAGAUCCUCAACAAAUACGGAGACAUGAGAAAGGCCAUUGGCUUUAGGAUCCGGGACAUGUGGUACAACCUUGGGCCUCAUAAGAUGAAGUUCAUCCCGUCCAUGGUGGGGCCCAUUCUGGACGCCACCCUGGUUCCAGAGCCGGACCUGAGGAAAGCCAUCAUCCCCAUCUUCUUCGACAUGAUGCAGUGCGAGCACAACUUCAGCCCCAACCACACCUUUCAGAUGUUUGAGAAUGAACUUAUUACUAAGCUGGAUCGCGAAGUAGAGGGAGGCAGAGGAGACGAACAGUACAAGAUCCUGCUGGAGAAAACGUUGCUGGAGCACUGCAGGCGUCACCGGUACCUGUUUCAGUCGGGGGAGUCCCUGGCCUUCCUGCUGAGCAGCCUAUUGGAGAACCUGCUGGCCUAUCGCACCAUCACCCACGACGAGAGCCCGGAACACCGCAUGAGCUGCACCGUCAAUGUGCUGAACUUUUACAAGGAGAAGAAAAGGGAAGAUAUCUACAUUCGGUACUUGUACAAACUACGGGAUUUGCACCUGGACUGUGAGAACUACACGGAAGCGGCCUACACACUCCUGCUACACGCUGAGCUUCUGCAGUGGUGUGACAAGCCUUGCGCGCCUCACCUCAUCCCCCGCGACGGCUCGCACAUCUGGACACAGCAGGAGCUGAAAGAGAGGCUCUUCCAGGAGAUCAUGUGCUACCUGGACAAGGGCAAGAUGUGGGAGAAAGCCAUCGAGAUGAGCAAGCAGCUGGCCAAGAUGCACGAGAACCAGAUGUUCGACUUUAUGGAGCUCAGCCAGCUACUGAAACAGCAGGCCCAGUUUUAUGAGAACAUCAUGCACGCCAUGCGACCCCAGCCUGAGUACUUUGCAGUGGGAUACUACGGCCUUGGAUUUCCCUCCUUCCUCAGGAACAAAAUGUUCAUUUACCGCGGGAAGGAGUACGAGUGGCUGGAGGACUUCAGUCAGAAGCUGCUCUCUCAGUUCCCUCUGGCGGUUAGGAUGACCAGCACUGCCGCCCCUGGGGAUGACAUCUGUAACUCCCAAGGACAACAUAUCCAGUGUUUCACCGUCAAACCGGUCCUCACUUUACCGAAACAGUUCAAGGACAAAGGAGUCCCCGAGCAGAUUCUGAAUUACUACAGAACUAAUGAGGUGGAUCAGUUCCAGUACUCCAGACCCUUCCGGAAAGGAGAAAAGGACCCAGAUAAUGAGUUUGCUACCAUGUGGAUUGAGAGAACAACCUUCACCACAGCCUACCACUUUCCCGGGAUCCUCAAGUGGUUUGAAGUGAAGUCCUUCUCCGUCGAGGAGAUCAGCCCCCUGGAGAACGCCGUGGAGACCAUGGAGAUGGCCAAUGAGAAGCUGAGCAACCUGGUGCAGCAGCAGGCCUGCGAUCGCUCGCUGCCCGUCCACCCACUCUCCAUGAUGCUCAACGGCAUCGUCGACCCCGCCGUCAUGGGAGGCUUCUCCAACUACGAGAAGGCAUUCUUCUGUGACUCCUACAUCCAAGAACACCCAGAAGAUUUUGAGCGCAUUGAGGUCCUCAAACAACUCAUUGCCCUGCAGAUGCCUCUCCUGUCCGACGGGAUACAGAUCCACGGCGAGAAAUCCACCGAACAGCUGAAGCCUCUGCACAACCGCCUGGUCACUUGCUUUGCAGACCUGAAGGAGAAGGUGGAGAAGCAAUAUGGAGUCAUCACUUUGCCCUGCUCCCUGACGGAGAGGAAGAAGAGCCGGGUGGGCUCAGUAGUGGUGCCCUACAUCAUGUCCUCCACCCUGCGGCGCAUGUCCACCGUCUCCCUCCUCUCCACCGCCUCCUCCGGCCUCUCCAGCGGCUCGGGCUCUUCAGAAGGAGGCCCCUCCCGGCCCUCCUCCCAGGAUUCCCUUUUGUCCCGAGUCAAUGACCGCCGGGCAUCGGUCCUGUCCCGCUCUGAAGAGGACAACAGGAUUGGCCGCAAGAACCGGAAGGAAUGGAGUGUGAGCAAGUCUCAAGUUCUGGUGGAGAGACCACUGGACACGGACGAGACUCCGCCAGAGAAGCAGCAGAGGCCGAAGAGCCUGCAGUUUGGGGACAGGCGCCUCACCCUGUCACUCUUCCAGGGUUCGUCCUCUCAGCUCAGCUUGUCCAGCCCUCUCAGCCCUCUGCCCGCCUCGCCAAGCACUCCACGCAGCUCCAGCUAUACAUCUCUCCCAGGUGACAACGACGUAACCACUGACCCCCCCGGGACCCCCCCACCCAUGCCACCGAAAAAACACCCCCACGAUGGCGACAGCCCCCGCAACUCCGCAGAGUUCAUACCCCCAUUACCAAUGAAGGUGGACAGCAGGCCUCCCCCACCUCCGCCCAAAACCCGCAAAUCCAUGUUCCCUUCAUAUGAACACGGCCUCCAAUGAGAGAACAGCCCCACACAUGCCCACCGCCCCUGAGUACAAUAAUAAUAUAGAGGUGGGUUGUUUGAGUCAGUUUGAAUGAUGGUGAGUGAUUCUUUUCUGAGUUUUAUUCUGAAUCGGAGAGGACAGUUAUGCGUGUUCUCUAUCAUGAUUGACUGUGAUUUUUGGCGUUUCAUUCUCAGUAGCUGGGUUUUUUAGCUUGUGUAGAAAAUAAAAUACUAGCACAUUUCAACUGAUGAUUUAAAUACAUAUUGUAUAUAUUGUUGUAUAAAUUGUUUGUAUUACUACUGGGAAAGGGUACGACCAAAGGUUUCUUUUGGGGUUUUUCAGUGUAUUGAACUGUCAUUGUGUCGAGAGGUUCAGUGUGUGUUUGGGGCAUUCUGUAUUAAAGCAACAGGUGUUCAAAUACUGAAUUAACACAUUUUCUGUAGCUGUUAUAUACGUGCUGUAUAGAAUACUGUAAUUAUACAAUAUUUGUUUUGUAAUGAGCAUCUCCACAGUUCACAAAGCGGUUGAACAUAAAUCUGUCGCAAUCACAGUAUGCCGAAACAAAUUAAUUUUGAACUAAAGCACACUUUUGAUGUCAUUCAUGAAGUUCAUUAAUUCAGCAUUAUUUCUGGAGUAUAGGUUUCAGCCAAAUGUGCAUAUUGGUUUACAACUGUAUGCAUAUUUAUUCAAAAGACCAUACUGCUUUCUCUUGCAAUUACUCAAUAUCAUCAAAAUGUUUCAUUUUCAGCUACAAGCACAUUGACUAUGCAUUCUGAGAGGGUAAUGAAAAAGCACACUAAAGAUUUCAAUACUGCUUUAAUUACCUCAUCAAUUAAAUCAGAUUAUUGUGACAUGCACUGUAUGGCUAUAUUGUAGAUGUGAUUUUUUUUGGUUUGUUUAUAACGAACAAAGUAAUGUAUCUCGAAAUUUUUGGCUUCUUUUGGAGGAAUGCUUCUUUUGAUAUUAUGGAACAGUGGCCCAAUGUAGUGUUUUUCCCCAACCAUGGUACAUCAGCUUGUUGUAAAAUUUUGACAUUUGUUGAUUAUUUGUUGCCUACUUUAAAUUAUUUCCUUGGUGAUCACAUUUAUUCAAGUUUACAACAUAACACUCAUUAAAUAGGUUAGGUAUUCUGAACAACACAAGCCAUGUACAUUAUAGUUUAUAACAAUGAACAAAUUUAUUACAUUAGGGCUAUAACAAAAAGUCUAAUUAUAUUUUAAUUAUGUUUCGUUUUAAAUAAAGUUGAUCUAAAGUGUUAUUUUGCAGGUAAUGGAAUAUUUUUGUAUACCUGCUCUAUGCAGUUUAUUUGUGCAUUUCUUUUUAUGUCAUAUUUUAAAGAAAACUAAAUAUAGGUUGCCAUUAUGAUUUUCAGUAUUGUAAAAUUAGAAUUUUCAGGGACCAAGACAAAAGCUUUCUGAAGGGAAGGGAACUGACUGUUUUAUUAAUUUUAUUUUCAAGCAAGUCAAACAAUCAUGGUACUGUAAAAGAAACUGUCAGAAAUAUGUAAAAGGGUGUAAGGUAAUGUUAGCAUGAUAUGUCAGACACUGAACUUUUUUAUCAAAUUGUAAAGCUAACCAAACAAUAAUAAAUGUUUAAACUACUGAAA